AUGCUUAGAGUCCUGGAUCUACAUGGUGCACACUUCGGAAUCACAAAGAAAGAUAUCAAGGACAUAGGAUUGUUACGCCACUUGAAGUAUUUGAAUAUUGGAAGUGCUAAAGCAUAUUCAAAGAUUUAUAGAAUUCCGAGAUCUAUAGGAAAACUAAAAGGUUUGCAGACUUUGGAGAUAAGAAUGACAGAUAUAUCAGUGAUACCAAAUGAGAUUUGUAACCUUGUGAGUCUCCGUAGCAUCCGGUGUAGAAAAACAUAUUGGUUGUAUUAUAUUGGUGAGCCCUCUAUGGGAUGUUUGAUGGACAUGAUGUAUCAUCAGAUGAUUACUGAUGAUUCUCAUGAAAAAGCUUUGAAGCCACGCAUGCCUUGCUUUAGGCAUUGGUCAAUAUACAAAGGUGUAAGUGUGCCGAGAGGGAUUAGCAAGUUACAAGAGUUACAAACACUAGAGGUUGUGGACAUCAAACGGAGUGAUGCCAAUGCAAUUAAAGAGCUAGGUGAGCUUGUGCAGCUAAAAAAACUUGGGGUGGUAACGAAAGAGGCUACCGAGCAAAAAUGCAAGUUACUUUGUGCAGCUAUCGAGAAGUUCACUUCCCUAUGCUCUCUUAAGGUGAAUGCGAGCCAAAAUGGCUCUCUCGAGUGGCUGCAUUCUGUUUCUUCUCCUCCCCUAUCCAUGAGGAGCCUCAAGCUGGUUGGACGUCUUGAAGAAAUGCCAGACUGGAUUGGAAGUUUGAUACAUUUAGUGAAGAUUUAUCUAGGGCAUAGCGAGCUGAAAGGUGAUAAAACCAUGGAACUAUUAGGCACACUGCCCAACCUUAUGCUCCUUCGUCUUCGUCAGAAUGCUUAUGUUGGGAAGAGUCUAGUCUUUGGAGCAAGAGCAUUCCCAAAUCUCAGGGAACUAGAUAUUUUUUACCCGGAUCGAGUGAGAGAGGUGAUAUUCGAAGAGGACACCUCGCACCAGCUGGAAAAGAUACAAUUCCGCGGCGGCGGCGGCGGCUGUGUGGAAUUUAUUGGCAUCAAACAUCUCCCAAGGGUCAAGGAGAUUUCACUUGGUUUGGGGGCUAGAGUGGCGAAGCUUGGUGUGCUGCAAGGGGAAGUGGAGGCACACCCCAACCAUCCCCUGCUGCGACUAACAGAGGUCUGGAGAAUGCAUAACAUAGACCCCUCUGUAUAUGAAGCGCGGGAGGAAGGAUUGGCUAAUUUUCGAAGGCAGCAACAGCAGGAGAGAUCCGCUCAUAAUCGCAAGUGGUGGCCAUGGCGACGACGGGCGCAAUCAGUUUUUAUUUUCCACCACAUCCAAGGCUCCAAUGUAGAAGAUGAUGGAGAUGAUUUCUUCUCUUGCACUUCUCAUGACGAAGAUGCUUGCUGA